UGCCACAUAGUCCCUCCCAGCACCACUGAGAGUAACCCCCUGCCUCCCAACAUACUGCCUGUGGCUCUAAGAUAUAAAAUUCCACCUUCUUAAUCCACUGUUGUCUUAGGUUUCUAUUUGUUGAAACAAGUAAUAAAGAAAGUAAACUUAAAUAUUACGUUCCAAUAGCAGCCCACAACAGAGUCAUGAAAGACUGUAGAGAGGAAACUGGCCAUCUGAGUAGAGUAGGGCAAGGGAAGCCUCUGAACCCUGAAUGAUGGCUGAUGAUGAAAUCCAUUCUGCAAAGGGGAAGAAAGGGAAUACAUCAUUUGCUUUCCAAGAUUUAGGUGGAGUAUCUUAAGUAGUUUUCUCCUUUCACAUGGCCAGUGAUUUUGAGAUGGUUAAUAUAUAAGGCAGGUCUGUUUUAUAGUUUCAUGGAUUCCUAUGUGCAUUACAAUGCCUGGUGUGCUCAGAAAAUGCUGUUGAAAAUAUAUCCCAGUAUGUUUAGAGCUGCCUUGGUUGAGUGAGUCCUGUGAUGAUCUUUAUUGAUCUGUUUCUUAGUUGUGAACUUUUACUAGAAGCUUCAGCAGAGAGAAUGACACAGUCAGACAUAGCUGAAGGUCCGUCUGAGAAGUACAUGGAGUUUUCUACAGCUGCCAACCCAGAGAAUGGACUCUCCCAAAUCCUGAGGCUUGUGCUGAAGGAGCUGGAUCUGUUCUACCGUCGUGACAUGAUGGGCGUGUGUCUGCUGUACGAUCUCCUUCACACGCCCUGGCUGCAGGCACUGCUGAAGGUGUAUGACUGCCUCCAAGAAUUUAAAGAAAAGAAAUUUAUUCCUCACAAUUUCCAUGCAAAGGCACUGUCCUGUGAGGUUGCAGAGAUAUUGCAUGAAACCCAUAGUUCUCCUGAGAUCCAAGAGCUGAGGCAAAUCCUCCAGGGUCCGCACUUUAAGGCUUUGCUUAGUGCCCAUGACACUGUAGCCCAGAAAGAUUUUGAGCCUCUGCUCCCCCCACUGCCAGACAAUAUCCCUGAGAGCGAGGAAGCCAUGAGGAUUGUUUGUCUGGUGAAAAACCAACAGCCUCUGGGAGUAACUAUCAAGCGUCAUGAGAUGACAGGAGACAUCCUUGUGGCCAGAGUCAUCCACGGUGGGCUGGCAGAGAGGAGUGGGUUGUUAUAUGCUGGGGACAAGCUGGUGGAAGUAAAUGGCAUUUCAGUAGAGGGACUGGACCCUGAGCAAGUGAUCCAUAUUCUGGCUCUCUCUCGUGGUACAAUCAUGUUCAAGGUGAUUCCAGUUUCUGACCCUCCCGCUAAUAGCCAGAAGAUGGUGUACGUUCGUGCCAUGACCGAGUACUGGCCCCAGGAAGAUCCCACCAUCCCCUGCAUGGAUGCUGGGCUGCCUUUUCAGAAGGGAGACAUCCUCCAGAUUGUGGACCAGAAUGACUCCCUCUGGUGGCAGGCCCGGAAACUCUCAGACAUCGGGGCCUGUGCCGGCCUAAUCCCUUCUAAUCACCUUCUGAAGAGGAAGCAACGGGAGUUCUGGUGGUCUCAGCCGUACCAGCCUAACACCCACCACAAUUCACCUAUAACGAUGUCUAUGGAAGAAGAAGAUGACAUGAAAAUUGAUGAGAAAUGUGUGGAAGCAGAUGAAGAAACAUUUGAAUCUGAGGAACUCUCUGAAGACAAGGAGGAAUUUGUGGGCAAUGGUCAGAAGCUCUUUGUUGCGGGCUUCCGCCGCAGCAUGCGCCUUUCCCGCCGCCAGGCUCGCCGCGGCGCCCAGGCCUACAGCGCAACGUACGAGGACGUGGCGAGGUACCAGCGAUGCCCUUCCGACAAGUUCCGCCCCAUAGUGCUCGUGGGACCUUCUGGUGUUGGAGUAAAUGAACUGAGAAGACAACUUAUUGAACUUAAUCCUAACCGCUUUCAAAGUGCUGUGCCACAUACAACUCGUUCCAAAAGGAGUUAUGAAAUUAAUGGACGUGAAUAUCACUAUGUGUCAAAGGAAACAUUUGAAAAUCUCAUGUAUAGUCAUAGGAUGCUGGAGCAAGGCGAGUACAAAGGCCACCUGUAUGGGACCAGUGUGGAUGCAGUGAAAGCAGUGCUUGAGGAAGGCAAGAUCUGUGUCUUGGAUUUAGAGCCUCAGUAUAUUCAAAUGGCUCGAACUCAUGAACUGAAACCUUAUGUCAUAUUUAUAAAGCCAUCUAACAUGAGCUGUAUGAAGCAAUCUCGGAAAAAUGCUAAGAUCAUUACAGACUACUUUGUGGAUAUGAAGUUCAAGGAUGAAGAUCUGCAAGAGAUAGAGGACUUGGCUCAAAAAAUGGAGGCUCAGUUUGGGCAGUUCUUUGACCAUGUGAUUGUGAAUGACAACUUACAAGAUGCCUGUGCACAGUUGUUGUCCGCAGUUCAGGAGGCUCAGGAGGAGCCUCAGUGGGUACCAGCGUCAUGGAUUUCCUCUGACACUGAGGCUUCAAGUGGCCUCCUGUCCAAUGUUUAA